AUGGUUGUGCCAAACGAGAAGACGGUCAUGGCUGCUGGAGAGACGGAUUCGUCCAAGCCUUCGACCUUGAACACCCCCGAUAUGGACAACGUUAGCGACACCCGCAGCGUACACCCGGAAAGGCCUACUCAGGACAUGACCGACGACCUGUAUCCGCACGGCUUGGAACUGGUACUCCUUGCAGGAGCGUCUAUCAGCGCUGUUUUUCUGAUUUCUUUGGACCAGACCAUCGUCGGUACAGCAAUCCCCAAGAUCACGGACGAGUUCCACGGCCUCGACGACGUGUCUUGGUAUGCAGCGGCAUACUUCAUGGCUUUCGGCGCCGCCCAGACCUCUGCGGGCAAGAUAUACAAGUAUUACAACCUCAAGUGGAGCUUUCUAAUAUCUAUGCUCAUCUUCGAGGUCGGGAGUUUGAUCUGUGGAAUCGCGCCCAACUCCAAGACCUUGGUCGUUGGACGGGCUAUUGCUGGGUUGGGCGGCGCCGGCCUGUCGGUGGGUGGCACCAGUAUCGUCUCCUUCACGGUCCCACCAGCAAAGCGACCGAUGAUGAUGGGUGUCAUUGGGAUGACAUAUGCCCUUGCUGCCGUUCUUGGACCGCUUCUUGGUGGCGCAUUCACCGACCAUGUCAGUUGGCGAUGGUGUUUUUACGUCAACCUGCCGAUUGGGGGGGUCGCCGCGGUGGCGGUCUUCUUCUUUUUCCGCCUCCCGGCUGCUUCGGCGCCUCCCAGGGUGUCUUGGACAAAGAAGCUGUUGCAUGUGGAUCCAGUUGGUAUCGCGCUGGCCAUGGGAGGCAUCGUCUGUUUUAUCCUGGCCCUUCAGUAUGGAGGAAACGCCCAUCCCUGGGACAGCAGCGUUGUCAUCGGUCUUCUCAUCGGCUUCGGACUCAUCGCCAUCACCCUGGUGGCAUGGGAGAUCUGGCUGGGCGAUUACGCCAUGAUGCUGCCGAGACUCUACAAGCAGCGCUCGCUCUCGACCACGGCCCCUUACCAGUUCUUCUUCAUGGGGAGCUACAUUGUCCUCCUGUACUACCUGCCCAUCUACUUUCAGAGCAUCCUGGGCGCGAGCCCCAUCAAAUCCGGCGUCAACAACCUUCCUCUCGUGCUUGCGGCGGCCGUGUUCGCCCUCGCCGGCGGCGCGGUCGUCAUGAAGACCGGUCGCGCGCAACAGGUCAUGUUUAUCGGCUCGAUGCUGGCCACCGUUGCCAUCGGCCUGAUCUACACUCUCGACAUUGGCACCUCGACCGCGAAGUGGGUUGGCUAUCAAUUCUUCGUCGGAGCCACCAUGGCCUUUGCCAUCAUGCAUGGCUUGAGUAUCGCCCAAGCCAACGUAGGUCCCGAAGACCUUGCAGCCGUCACGGCCAACCUUUUGUUUUUCCAGACAGUUGGAGGCGCAUUCAGCACUUCGGCUGGACAGUCGGCCUUCGUCAACAGACUGCUUGCCACUCUGCCCAAGACGGCCCCAGGAGUGGAUCCAGGCAAGGUGCUUCUGACAGGCGCCUCGGAACUACACACUGUGUUCUCGCCAGACGUGCUUCCUGGAGUCCUUCAGGCGUACAUGGUCGGUCUCAAGGCCGCCUUCGCGGUCGCAGUUGCUUUCUCUGGUGUCGCGUUUUUGUGCUCCCUGGCCAUUCCCAUGAAGAGGCUUCCGAGUCAUACACCAGACGAAGCUCCCAUGGCGAUGGGCUAG